AUGAAGUCGUCUAUCUUGACCUCGCUUAUGCCCUUCGCGGUUGACAUCCGUUCAGAUAUCCCAGAGGGCUACACUAUUGUACCUAUGACUUGGGUCGGUCCCAUUGAAGAGGGCGGUAAGAACCAUACCUUCAAGGGUACAGCUGAGGAGGUGCUGGCUCAGAUAGAAAAGCUCAACCCCAACUUCGCCGAGUUUGCCGACAACAAGACGAAAGACGACAGCACGAAGGUAACUAUACGGGCUCUGGAAGCUCGACAGCCGACUCGCGUUGCUUGCGAUGGGGGAGGCCCAAACGGAGGCCAAAGCUUUCGCACGAAAGUCAGUGACGCGCGCCAAGGCAUUGACCAUCUAAAGAGGCUUGGAGACUUUGGGUGCGGUGCCCCUGCAAGAUCAUGCGCACGCAUGACGUGCAACUGGCAGUCUGCUAUUUGGUUCUGCAAUGACAAUGACUACGUGGUCAGCGACCGCUGCGACUGGCAGGGCUAUCUGGCUGAACUGGUGAUUGAGAAAUGCCAGCGGCACGUCAAAGCUGACUGCUGGGUUCCUAAUCCUGGUUGUACCAAUUGCUGCCAGGCUAUUGAUACGUGGCUUGUUAUGGGCGCUCAGUAUGAUGUCCGGAAUUGGAAUGUCAUGAUUAACGGAGCGUGCUAA